UUAAUUUUUUUUUUCAAAUAAUAAAAAUGUUAAAUAAAAUUAUAAAAUUUGUUUUUAUUAUUGGAAUAUUUAUUUCGAAUCUUCAGCUAUCAUUGAGUCAUCAAAAAGAUAAUAAUGGCAAUAAAAAAUUACAAGAUUAUAAAGCAGUACAAAAUAAAUAUGGAUUUUAUUAUCUUCCAAUUUAUGAAAGUUUAAACCGAAAUGUUUGGAAUAAAUUAAAAACAACAACAACAACACCAAAAAAUAAAAGUUUAAAAGUUGUUGAUGAUGAUGAACGUAUUGCUGCUGCAUUAAAAGCUGAACCAGAUGCAGAAAUGUUACCAGCUGGAUACAGUGGUAUUGCACCACCUGGAGUUGAUCAUAUGGAGAUGAAUAAUUCAUCUGAUGAACGAUAUGAUUUAGCUGUUGCUGCAAAUAAUCAUCAUUAUGAAAAAGGUGACAGUGAAGAGCAUCAUGAUGAUCAUUAUUCUGAAGAUGGUGAAAAAGGUGAUAAAGGAUACAAAGGUGAUCAUGGUCAUGAUGAAGGUAAAAAAGGACAUCAUGAUAAAGAACAUCAUCAUGGUCAUUAUGAUGAAGAAGAAGGACAUAAAAAACAUCAUCAUCAUGAUGAUGGUUAUUUCUCUGAUCAUCAUAAAGGUGAAAAAGGUGAGAAGGGACAUAAAUUUCAUGAAAAAGGUAGUUUUGGAAAAGGCCACAGUACAAAAGGACAUCAUGAAGUUAAAAAAUUAGAUGAAUAUAAAAAAGAUAAAGAAUUUCAUGAUGAACAUCAUGAUUCUGGACAUCAUGAAAAACAUGGUGGACAACAUCAUGAGGAUGAAUAUAAAAAAGGACAUCAUCAUAAAAAAGGACAUCAUAAAGGUGGACAUCAUGAGGAUCAUUAUGGUAAAAAAGGACAUCAUAAAAAAGGCCAUCAUCAUCAUGAUCAUAAAGGACAUAAAAAAGAAGAUGGACAUGAUGAUCAUCAUCAUCAUCAUCAUGGUUAUGAAAUGAAUAAAUAUUAUAUAUUUAAAAUAUAUAAAUUAUGUCCAAUAUUAUUGAUACUAUGUAUUGUCAUAAAAACAUCAUGUGGUUUGCAGUAUCAAAUACAAGAACAUCAAGAUUUAGAUACAGCUGCUGCUGAACAUGGACAUCAUCAUGAAUCUGGUGGUGGACAUAAAUUUCAUGAGGAUCAUCAUGAUGAACAUGGUGAAAAAGGAGAAAAAGAUUAUCACAAACAUCAUCAUCAUGGAAAAGGUGAUGAAGGACAUUAUGGUGAAGAACAUCAUGAAGGACAUCAUGAUGAACAUGGUGGACAUAAAAAAAAACAUCAUGAUGAAGAGGGUAAAUAUGGUGAACAUCAUGAAAAAGGACAUGGUCAUAAAGGUCAUAAACAUGGUGAAAAAAAAGGCCAUAAAAAAGGAGAAAAAACUCAUGGUUUUCAUAAAAAAGCACACAAAGAUGAAUAUCAUAAAGAGCAUAAAUUUUAUGAUGAUCAUCAUAAAGGUGGAAAGCAUGAAAAACAUGGUGAUCAUCAUGAGCAUCAUGCUGCUAAAGAUGGACAUCAUAAAAAAGGUGGACAUCAUCAUUCUGGUCAUCAUCAUGAUCAUCAUGGAAAAAAAGGACAUCAUGAUAAGGGACAUUUUGAUGAAGAUCAUCACAGUCAUCAUAAAAAACAUGGACAUGAUGAUCAUUAUCAUCAUCACAAAGAGCAUGGAAAAAAAGGACAACAUCAUCAUGGAAAAAAACAUGGCUUCUCCAAAGGCCAUCAUUAGUUUUAUUAAUUUUUUCAUUCAAAUUUUCAAUUUUCAAUUUAUUUUCAGUCAAGUUAAUUUUUUUUUAUCAUUACAAUUUCAGUUGAACAA